AUGAGCUCUGAUUGGGCUCUAACAGAAGACGGAAAGGAAAAGGCAUAUGGAGCAAAGACCUAUUUGAAUUUUUUCAAGCACAAAAUGGCAAAUCUGGUAACCCCAGGAGCAUUCAUGCCAAAGUAUGACUUUUGCAUGGUGAAACCCAAUGGUGCUGACUUGCAACAAGUUAUGGAUUUGCUUGGAGAAGGAACUGUCAAGGCAGUGAUUGACAGCAAGUUUUCACUGGCUGAUAUGGCCAAAGCUCACAAGCACCUAGAGGGUGGUCAUGUCACGGGGAAGAUUGUGAUUCAACACGAGUAG